CCCCCUCCAUUUCCAUCUCACUUCCCCUCUCUCUCUGUCUCCCUCUCUUUCAUUUGCAGAGACAAAGCUCUUUGGCCAUAUAUAUAUAUAUAGAGAGAGAGAGAGAGAGAGAUACGUACACACAAAUGGACCAAACAACAAUAGAAGUGGACGAUCAAUAUCAUCAUCGGCCGCAGCAUUCAAACCCCUCAAUGAUCUCGAGCUUCACCGCUCUCUUCCCUUGCCUAACCGAUACCUGGGGCGACCUCCCCCUCCAAGUCGACGACCCCGACGACAUGCUCAUCUACAACUCCCUCCACGACGCCGUCUCCUCCGGCUGGUCCCCUCUCAUGACCUCCACUACCCACUCUGACUACUCCUCAUCCGCCCCCUGGCCUGUCGACCCAACUUAUUAUUACAACGAGUACUCGACGACUGAUGAACGACUCAUCGUCGAGGAGAUCGGGAGGAGGUCGCCUGCAGUUCCAGGGAAGCGGUCGCCAGGCGGCAACAGCAGCAGUAGCGCUAGCAGAGGAAGGCAUUUCAGGGGAGUGAGGCAGCGGCCUUGGGGGAAGUUCGCUGCUGAGAUCCGGGACCCAGCGAGGAAUGGCACAAGGGUGUGGCUCGGCACCUAUGAGACCGCGGAGGAGGCCGCACUUGCCUAUGACCGGGCCGCCUUCAGGAUGCGCGGCUCCAAGGCCCUCCUCAACUUCCCCCACCGGAUUAACUCCGGCGAACCUGCUCCGGUCAGGGUCACAGCUUCUAAGAGGAAGGAGCAAGAGCCCAGUAGUGGUUCUUCCAGUUCUGGCUCGGCGCCUAAGAAGAAGAAUAAGAAGUUCGCAGCACCAGAAUCAACAGUGAAAGAAGCCGAGGAAGCUGGAUUCAUUAUGUUGCAGGCGGUAGCUCAACUGCCACUUGGCGAGCAGCUAUUGGUUAGUUAGGAAUUACAGUAUGUACACGUGGAAUUUUCUUUUUCUUUCUCUUUGUUUAUUAAAUAAUUUAUAGGAAUUGAAAUUAGCACAAUCAGCAAAUUGAAAUCGAGGCAUAAACAGCUUCAAUUUCUGUUAUAAUAAGGAACAGAAUUAAUAUAAUUUGUAAACUUGUUGAAGGGGAAAUGACCAGUUUACAAGUACUACUCUACGUACACAUAUAUGUAUACAUACCAUUAAAACGCAUCUGAGGUUACAGAAUGCAUUUGCAACGCACAAAUAAUGAAUGUUUCA